AUGAUCUUGGCCGCUUUGGAUGGCGGAGAUAUUAACGGUUGUUUGGCUCUCUUUGAGCACUGUAAAAGAUGCUGUACACCAGACAUUGGAAUUGUAAAUGCUAUGUUAAAGGUGUACCGCCGAAAUGAUAUGUUUCUUGAAGCUAAAGAGCUCUUUGAGGUAUUUAACAGAGAUAAACCCUGUAGUGGGAUGUUGCCAAAUGAUUGGGGGUCGUCUCUUAGUCCUGAUAUCUACACUUACAGCCUAAUGCUUGAGGUAUCAUCUAGUGCUUUGCAGUGGGAGUUCUUUGAAUAUGUAUACAAGGAUAUGACCCUCAGUGGAUAUUCACUUGAUAGAACAAAACACGUAUCCAUGCUAGUGGAAGCAUCCAAAGCCGGGAAGUGGCACUUACUGGAGCAUGCAUUUGACACAAUUUUGGAAGCUGGUGAAAUACCUCAUCCUUCGUUCUUCACUGAAAUGUUGUGUCAAGCUGUGAUUCAAAAUGACCAUGAGGGAGCUAUCAGAAUUAUCAAUACAAUGGUUCAUGCUCCUUCCCAAAUUAGUGAGCCAGAGUGGGUUGAGUUGUUUGAACAAAAUGACAAGAGAAUUAGUAAGGAUAAUCUGAAGCAAUUAUUAGAUUCUCUAAGUACUCAGCACUUAGUAUCAGAGGCCACCGCCUUGAAUUUAUCUCGAGCAUUGCAAUCUGUGUGCGGAUCUUGCAGUUCAAGGAACUUGCUACCUGCAGAAUGCGUCAACGGGUCAUCUGAAGCUAAUGUAAGUACCAGUAUCGAUGACACUUCUGCACAUUUUACUGGUGCUCGUUCUGUUGAGAGUCUUGAAAGUAGCAGCAAUGACACCUCCAAUAUUGGUCGAUCUCAUCAAGCAAAUGACUCGCCUAUUAGUGAUGAGGAUGAAUAUGGAAUUGGUAAUCCACAUAAAAUGGUUGAGCACUCUGGCCUCGGUUUUGAAAUCACUGAUAUGAUUGCUGAUACUAACUGGAGGAGCAACUUUGGCGUUAUCGAAGAUGACGAUCUAGAAGAGGAAAUUGAUGAGCUGAAUCUUGAAGUUGCAGAGGAUUGGGAGAAUGAUUCUCUAGGAUCCAACACACCAUCAGCAGGUGAAAUACUUAAGAUUUGGCAGAAAAUGAGACAAAAAGAUGGCAAUUUCUUAUCCUUCCCACAUAACUCCAGAUAG